CUGUUGUGUUGCUGUGGCUUCUUUCCUAGGCUGCUGCGAUGGCCACUUCAGCAGGAACUGUCUCAGAAGAUGCCAUAGAGGAAGAAGGUGAAGAAGGAGGCGGCUCCCCUCGGAGCUCUUCUGAGCUUUCUAAACUCAGUUCAAAGAGUGCAAAGGAAAGACGUAACAGGAGAAAGAAGAGGAAGCAAAAGGAGCUCUCUGAAGGAGAAGAGAAAGGGGAUCCUGAGAAGGUGUUUAAGUCAGAGUCAGAAGAUGGCAUGAGAAGGAAGGCCUUUCGGCUGCCAGACAACAGAAUAGGGAGGAAAUUUUCCAUCAUGAAUCAGUCACUGCUGAGCAUCCCGGGCUCGCCCUUCCUCUCCCGCCACAACAGCAAGAGCAGCAUCUUCAGUUUCCGGGGCCCUGGGCGGUUCAGAGACCCGGGCUCAGAGAAUGAGUUCGCGGAUGACGAGCACAGCACCGUGGAGGAGAGCGAGGGCCGCCGGGACUCCCUCUUCAUCCCCAUUCGGGCUCGCGAGCGCCGCAGCAGCUACAGUGGCUAUAGUGGCUACAGCCAGGGCAGCCGCUCCUCGCGCAUCUUCCCCAGCCUGCGGCGCAGCGUGAAGCGCAACAGCACCGUGGACUGCAAUGGUGUGGUGUCCCUCAUCGGCGGCCCCGGCUCCCACAUCGGCGGGCGUCUCCUGCCAGAGGCUACAACUGAGGUGGAAAUUAAGAAGAAAGGCCCUGGAUCUCUUUUAGUUUCCAUGGAUCAACUAGCCUCCUACGGGCGGAAGGACAGAAUCAACAGUAUAAUGACUGUUACAAAUACACUAGUAGAAGAACUGGAAGAGUCUCAGAGAAAGUGCCCGCCAUGCUGGUAUAAAUUUGCCAACACUUUUCUCAUCUGGGAGUGCCACCCCUACUGGAUAAAACUGAAAGAGAUUGUGAACUUGAUAGUUAUGGACCCUUUUGUGGAUUUAGCCAUCACCAUCUGCAUCGUCCUGAAUACACUGUUUAUGGCAAUGGAGCACCAUCCUAUGACGCCACAAUUUGAACAUGUCUUGGCUGUAGGAAAUCUGGUUUUCACUGGAAUUUUCACAGCAGAAAUGUUCCUGAAGCUCAUAGCCAUGGAUCCCUACUAUUAUUUCCAAGAAGGUUGGAACAUUUUUGACGGAUUUAUUGUCUCCCUCAGUUUAAUGGAACUGAGUCUAGCAGAUGUGGAGGGGCUUUCGGUGCUGCGAUCUUUCCGAUUGCUCCGAGUCUUCAAAUUGGCCAAAUCGUGGCCCACCCUGAACAUGCUAAUCAAGAUUAUUGGAAAUUCCGUGGGUGCCCUGGGCAACCUGACACUGGUGCUGGCCAUUAUUGUCUUCAUCUUUGCCGUGGUGGGGAUGCAACUCUUUGGAAAAAGCUACAAAGAGUGUGUCUGCAAGAUCAACCAGGACUGUGAACUCCCUCGCUGGCACAUGCAUGACUUUUUCCAUUCCUUCCUCAUUGUCUUUCGAGUGUUGUGCGGGGAGUGGAUUGAGACCAUGUGGGACUGCAUGGAAGUGGCAGGCCAGGCCAUGUGCCUCAUUGUCUUUAUGAUGGUCAUGGUGAUUGGCAACUUGGUGGUGCUGAACCUGUUUCUGGCCUUGCUCCUGAGCUCCUUCAGUGCAGACAACCUGGCUGCCACAGAUGACGAUGGGGAAAUGAACAACCUCCAGAUCUCAGUGAUCCGUAUCAAGAAGGGUGUGGCCUGGAUCAAACUGAAGGUGCAUGCCUUCAUGCAGGCCCACUUUAAGCAGCGUGAGGCAGAUGAGGUGAAGCCUCUGGAUGAGUUGUAUGAAAAGAAGGCCAACUGUAUCGCCAAUCACACUGGAGCAGACAUCCACCGGAAUGGCGACUUCCAAAAGAAUGGCAAUGGCACAACCAGCGGCAUCGGCAGCAGCGUGGAGAAGUACAUCAUCGAUGAGGACCAUAUGUCCUUCAUCAACAACCCCAACUUGACUGUGCGAGUACCCAUUGCUGUGGGCGAGUCAGACUUUGAAAACCUCAACACAGAGGAUGUUAGCAGCGAGUCGGAUCCUGAAGGCAGCAAAGAUAAACUAGAUGACACCAGCUCCUCUGAAGGAAGCACCAUUGAUAUCAAACCAGAAGUAGAAGAGGUCCCUGUGGAACAGCCUGAGGAAUACUUGGAUCCAGAUGCCUGCUUCACAGAAGGUUGUGUCCAGCGGUUCAAGUGCUGUCAGGUCAACAUUGAGGAAGGGCUAGGCAAGUCUUGGUGGAUCCUGCGGAAAACCUGCUUCCUCAUCGUGGAGCACAACUGGUUUGAGACCUUCAUCAUCUUCAUGAUUCUGCUGAGCAGUGGCGCCCUGGCCUUCGAGGACAUCUACAUUGAGCAGAGAAAGACCAUCCGCACCAUCCUGGAAUAUGCCGACAAAGUCUUCACCUAUAUUUUCAUCCUGGAGAUGUUGCUCAAGUGGACAGCCUAUGGCUUCGUCAAGUUUUUCACCAACGCCUGGUGCUGGCUGGACUUCCUCAUCGUGGCUGUCUCUUUAGUCAGCCUUAUAGCUAAUGCCCUGGGCUACUCGGAACUAGGUGCCAUAAAGUCCCUUAGGACCCUAAGAGCUUUGAGACCCUUAAGAGCCUUAUCACGAUUUGAAGGGAUGAGGGUGGUGGUGAAUGCCUUGGUGGGCGCCAUCCCCUCCAUCAUGAAUGUGCUGCUGGUGUGUCUCAUCUUCUGGCUGAUUUUCAGCAUCAUGGGAGUUAACCUGUUUGCGGGAAAGUACCACUACUGCUUUAAUGAGACUUCUGAAAUCCGAUUUGAAAUUGAAGAUGUCAACAAUAAAACUGAAUGUGAAAAGCUCAUGGAGGGGAACAAUACAGAGAUCAGAUGGAAGAACGUGAAGAUCAAUUUUGACAAUGUUGGGGCAGGAUACCUGGCCCUUCUUCAAGUGGCAACCUUCAAAGGCUGGAUGGACAUCAUGUAUGCAGCUGUAGAUUCCCGGAAGCCUGAUGAGCAGCCUAAGUAUGAGGACAAUAUCUACAUGUACAUCUACUUUGUCAUCUUCAUCAUCUUCGGCUCCUUCUUCACCCUGAACCUGUUCAUUGGUGUCAUCAUUGAUAACUUCAAUCAACAAAAGAAAAAGUUUGGAGGUCAGGACAUCUUCAUGACUGAAGAACAGAAGAAGUACUACAAUGCCAUGAAAAAGCUGGGCUCAAAGAAGCCACAGAAACCUAUUCCCCGCCCCUUGAACAAAAUUCAAGGAAUCGUCUUUGAUUUUGUCACGCAACAAGCCUUUGACAUUGUUAUCAUGAUGCUCAUCUGCCUUAACAUGGUGACAAUGAUGGUGGAGACAGACACUCAGAGCAAGCAGAUGGAGAACAUCCUCUACUGGAUUAACCUGGUGUUUGUUAUCUUCUUCACCUGUGAGUGUGUGCUCAAAAUGUUUGCCUUGAGGCACUACUACUUCACCAUUGGCUGGAACAUCUUCGACUUCGUGGUAGUCAUCCUCUCCAUCGUGGGAAUGUUCCUGGCAGACAUAAUUGAGAAAUACUUUGUUUCCCCAACCCUAUUCCGAGUCAUCCGAUUGGCCCGUAUUGGGCGCAUCUUGCGUCUGAUCAAAGGCGCCAAAGGGAUUCGUACCCUGCUCUUUGCCUUAAUGAUGUCCUUGCCUGCCCUGUUCAACAUCGGCCUUCUGCUCUUCCUGGUCAUGUUCAUCUUCUCCAUUUUUGGGAUGUCCAAUUUUGCAUAUGUGAAGCAUGAGGCUGGUAUCGAUGACAUGUUCAACUUUGAGACAUUUGGCAACAGCAUGAUCUGCCUAUUUCAAAUCACAACCUCGGCUGGUUGGGAUGGCCUGCUGCUGCCCAUCCUAAACCGCCCCCCUGACUGCAGCCUAGAUAAGGAACACCCAGGGAGUGGCUUUAAGGGAGAUUGCGGGAACCCCUCAGUGGGCAUCUUCUUCUUUGUAAGCUACAUCAUCAUCUCCUUCCUAAUUGUCGUGAACAUGUACAUUGCCAUCAUCCUGGAGAACUUCAGUGUAGCCACAGAGGAAAGUGCGGACCCUCUGAGUGAGGAUGACUUUGAGACCUUCUAUGAGAUCUGGGAGAAGUUCGACCCCGACGCCACCCAGUUCAUUGAAUACUGUAAGCUGGCGGACUUUGCAGAUGCCUUGGAGCAUCCUCUCCGCGUGCCCAAGCCCAAUACCAUUGAGCUUAUCGCUAUGGAUCUGCCAAUGGUGAGUGGAGACCGCAUCCACUGCUUGGACAUCCUUUUUGCCUUCACCAAACGGGUCCUGGGAGAUAGCGGGGAGUUGGACAUCCUGCGGCAGCAGAUGGAAGAGCGAUUCGUGGCAUCCAAUCCUUCCAAAGUGUCUUACGAGCCAAUCACAACCACGCUGCGUCGCAAGCAGGAAGAGGUAUCUGCGGUGGUCCUGCAGCGUGCCUACCGGGGACAUUUGGCAAGGCGGGGCUUCAUCUGCAAAAAGACAACUUCUAAUAAGCUGGAGAAUGGAGGCACACACCGGGAGAAAAAAGAGAGCACCCCUUCUACAGCCUCCCUCCCAUCCUAUGACAGUGUAACCAAACCUGAAAAGGAGAAACAGCAGCGGGCAGAGGAAGGAAGAAGGGAAAGAGCCAAAAGACAAAAAGAGGUCAGAGAAUCCAAGUGUUAGAAGAGAGCAAAAAUUCAAUAUCAUACAGAUCUAAAGCUCGCAAGUGAAAGAUUGUUUACAAACUUCCUGAAUAUUAUCAAUGCAGAACAGCUGUGGAGACUCUAACCUGAAGAUCUAUACCAAACGUCGUCCGCUUACCAUGUAACACAGCUGCAUCUUGAGCAGUGACCUGCCAAGGGCAAAGGACCCCGCUCCCUAGACUCACAGAUUUUCUAAUGCUUGGGCAGGUGGUUACUGCAUGUUCCACAUCAGUCAAUGCAACUUAGGACAAAACUAAUCAGAUACAGAAACAGAAGAGAGGCUGCCGGGACCAGCAUAUUUCUGUUGCAGCCAAAUGGAUUUUAUUUUUUCAUUUUGUUGAUUCUCAGAAGCAGAAAGCAUCACUUUAAAAGUUUGUUUGUUCAUACAAACUAUAUUUGCAUUCUUACAUUAGUUAAGCUAAGCAGCAAAAAGAAAACACAUACACACACACACACUCACACAGACACUCACAUUUAGCCCAUGUCAUUUAAUUGUCAGUUUCUUUGACAUAAAUUGCAUCAUCUCCACAUGGGCUUCACGUGGUUUGCAGAUGGGUGGGGGAAAACAAUCAGGUUUCUUCAGGCUGAGGAGGACUUGCUCAGGCCGAUUCCAAACAUUGUGCUCGUUCAAUGCGUAGAGAUGAUUUGCAUGAUGGCAUGCUGUGAUCAGAAGUCAUGCAUGAGAUCCAUACACCACAGGACACUACUAACCUAGUCCCCUGCAUUGGGUCAGCCUUUGGACAGGACCCAGCCCUGCACCGUUCACUGUAUUUGGAGAAAAUGGUAAGAGUUCCAUACUGGCUACAAUUCUUUAUUAUGAGUUCUUAAAAGUCCUUCACACACCUUCUGGGUAGGGAAACAACCAAUUAAUUGACUACCACCACCACCAACAAAAAACAAACCCAAUCCAACAAGCAGAUGGAUCCGUUGCGUGUAUAUGUUUAACAGACAUCUCUAACAUACAGCCAUUGUUGCACAUUUUGCAAGAUGAACUAUUUAAUGCUGCUCUGUGUCCAGGACAUGGGGGAGACUUUGAUCCCAAAUGGCUUGUACUAUUUAUGUCACUGUAAAACCAAAUCCUAGGGCUAAAAAAGAAAAAUUCAUUUGUAUAUUGCAAUAUUUAUGAUGAUCGUUUAGCCUUCAUACUGGAGAAUUGACACUUGUUUGGGGUAGAGAUAAAAGUGCUAUUCAAAGUAGCACCAGUUAUCUCUAGGGGUAAUUUGGGGAACUUAAAACGACCUUUCAUUGGGAGUUAUGGGGUGCUCAUUUCAUUUCACAUCAUGUCCUCUGCAUUGUGGCUUUCUCCAGGCAUGGGUCAAUACCGCGAGGGGUUCAGAUAUUCUGAACGGACCUCUCUCUUCUGCAGAGGGGUCGUCGCAUACUCACACACUGCAUGAUUCUUCCUGCCACCAUCACAUUUCUCCACCAAGUAGGGCUUCCCUUGCCCACAGAGGUGGGUGAGGGUAGCAGCAUUGGGGUUACAGCUGUGGUUUCUUUCAUUUAUUAUUAGAAUAAUAGUCAGUGGUGGGACCUGAGGGAGAGAUGGAGCCGCCUCUAAACCAAGCCCACUUGGUUUCUUUACUGCACUGGUUUUCAUGAGAAAGCAAUUUAAUAUUAAUUCUUCAGGAUGUUCCAGCUUCCCCCAGUGCAUUCCCUUGCAGCCAGUUUUGCUAUCUGCUUAGCGACCUGCCAGCUGUCAUUGGAGUGUGGCUUCUGGGGGAGCGUCAUAUCUUCCAUUCCAUCUCCUGCUUUAGGAAAGACAGUUUUUAGUCCAGGGGUUUCUCACCUGAUGACUGGAUUUCAAAGCCAAGAUGCUGCAGUUGAAUGUGUCAGGAAGUCUACACAAAGAGUGAAAAGAGACUUUAGCAUGUGAACCAAAUCAAAAUAAAUUCUUCCUGAACCAUACACUAGAGGGGGAAGAAGAACCAACCCGUAAUCAGACACACCGAUCUGCCUUGCAGUAGAAGCACUUUGAAGGUAAUUUCACAGUCCACCUGACUAGUUUUGUGUAGAACAAACCACAGUAAGUUGGUAAGCAGAGCUUUCUAUCUUGUCGGACCACUAGAAACUCUGUCCAGCUCUCUUAAGCCUGCUUCUGCAGCAGCAUCCGUAGAAUUUUUGUACUACACCCAAUACCAGACCGGGAAGGCAUAUCUUUCAGUGACCCUGCUAACUGCUAGGAUGAAUGUAUAGUAACAUGUACAGGCUACAUUGUAAACAGCACAAAACAGAAGCUGACAUGUGUGGUUAUUCUUUUUAAGAGAAUUAUAAAUACUGUAAUAUAUAAUUUUAUUUUAUUGGCAUGCCUUUUUGUAAAUACAAAUUAUUAACUUAUUAAAUAGGAAAUGGCUUCUGGCUUAUGCCAUUGUCAUGUUUAUUUUUAUUUUUUAUACUUUUCUUUCUUCUUAGAACUUAGAUGCUGUCAGCCAAUGUACAUCCCCAAACCAGACAGACAGACAAAAAAUUUUUUAUCGCUAAUGGUCUUUUCCAAAACAACAAAAAAUAUAUAUUUUUGUUCCAAUGUGCAAUAAAUUCUAACCACGUCUAUGCAAGAUUUGGCUAAACUUAAUAAUUGUUCUUAGGUCUUGAGAUGGGCAACAGAGCUAUAAGAUCCCGCUAAGCACACCAUGUGCUCAAGCUAGUGAUGUCAUUAAGCUACUAGAGCAUAUUGAUGAGAUUUUUCUGAGAUCUGACCUUUUCCCUUCCCCAGCUCCUGACCCCAGCCCAGCAGGCUGUCUCCUCAGUAACACAUGGGCCUUGGUGUCUGGCAUCCACCAGCCAGCCUCAUAGGAAAGAAGCCACCUCCGCUCUAAUUGAAGUUUCACAUUUUUUUAAAAAGAAGUUUCCCACCUUCUUAUCCUUCACCCACUAUCCUUCCACCUGCUCACUCACUCACUCACUCACUCACCCAUCCUGCUCCACACUUCUUUGGUAGUAAAUGACACCAUCACCAGCAGUUUACACCCGCAGUUAACAGGCAUUGAACCGAAAGAAUCAGCGAUGACGUUUUUGUGUAUCUUCGCUGAGUGGGUAAGUGGCAACGCUUUGCCAAAUAUUAACGAAGCCAAUCAAAAAGCAGCAGCAGCCACAGUAUCACUGCACAUAUAUAUAUAGAUAUAUAAAUAUAAUAUAAAUAUUUAUUUUUUGUAGCCAGGUCCUUGGUGCAGUAUUUAUACUCCACAAUCCACCUUUUAAAAAAAGGACAAAAAGCAAAAAGACGUGUGAUGCUGUUAAUUUAAAAUGCAGAGCCAAAGCCACUGAGCCGCAGCUGACGUAGUUGCUGGUUUGUGUGUGAAAAACAUUUCCCCCUAUUCUUUCCCUGACCUCCUUGUUGCUUAGGAUGAGGAGACUCCGUAAUUUAAAGCAGAUGAGAGCAGGAAGAAACUUCCGUGUUAGCAUGGCCUACUCUCACUCCUUUCCAAAUGAGCCACUUUUGGUGUCAGAAGUUGGCUAGGGAGAGAUUAAAAAAAAAAAAAACAGAAACUCCCAGUCAAAGCCCCUAAAGCGACAGUGCCCAGAGUUCUUUUAUUUUUCACUGCAACCAACGUAAACCCGUAAGAGACCAACAGUGAAGAUUAGUGUAUUAGUGAAUGCAUGGAGGCCAAUGCUGCCCUAAUGAGACGUGAUAAAAAGUCCAUCACUCCUCUAAGCCAAAAGGAAACAAAAUAAAAAUGACCCUUUUUACUGUACAA